AUGAAGUCCAUCGCCUCGAUCCCCGCUAUCCUCGCUGCCUCCGUCCUGACCGCCUCCGCCGAAGUGGCGACGGACACCGUUUGGGGCUACCGCGCCAACGACCCCAGCAUGGUGCACUCGUCCAAGUGGGCUGAGCACUGGGAGGCGUGCGGCGGAGUGCGCCAGUCGCCCAUCGACAUCAAGACGGUGGCCAAGUCGCCCGCGUGCCAGCCGAGCCCGAUCAGCUUCAGCGGCUCAUGCUCCCAGUACAACCUGACCGAGCCGCACGAGCCGCUCGAGGUGGACAUCAUCGGAGGCGACUGCGUUGCGACUGUGAAUGACGCGGCGUACAACAUGGCCCAGUUCCACCUGCACGCUCCGUCGGAGCACACUGUGGACGGCAAGGCCCACGACGCCGAGAUCCACUUCGUGCACAUGAGAAACAACAGUUCUGCGUUGAUGGUCGUUGGCAUCUUCCUCGACAUCGCCCCCACGUCGGACGUCUGGCUGGGACCUCUUCUUGACGCGCUUGAGAACGUCAACUCGACGGAGCACCAGAACGAGGCUAUCACGGUGGAGCUUGAGUCCUACUCAGAGCUCAUCCAGAAGGCCAGCAAGACCGGCGGCAUCUACAACUACCCGGGCAGCCUCACGACUCCGGGUUGCGAUGAGACUGCGGACUGGUGGGUCGUGAUGAACCCGAUCCAGAUCUCGUCGGCUGACUUCGACCGCCUUCACAAGGACCUGUUGGUGUACCACAUCACGGACGACGGCAACAACGCGCGCCCUGUGCAGCCUCUCAACGGCCGCACUGUGACGCGCUACGACUAG